CUCGACCGGUCGACUUUGGUCGCCUCGACGUCUGGCCCAUCGAGCUCGGUCCAGAGUGCAUCUGUCUCUGUCUCUGCUCGCUCGCUCGCAGAUUCGCACCCUCCACGCCGCACCGGCACGCUGCAGCAUCUCGGUGAUCCUUCGCCAUGUCAAGCUGGUUCGUCAUCUACAGCUCCAAGCUCAACUCGACGCUGCCCCAGUGUCUGAGCAGCGCCAUUGCGCCCUCGACCCUCGUUGCCCAGCUCGGCGACCUUAUCCAGCCUCUGCAGCGAUGCGGCUCGAUCGACGGCGACACCACGUACCAUUCCUACUCGCUCGAUCCCUCGCAGACCACCGUGACCGACAGGGCCUGCUCGGACCCGGGCUGCAGCAAGUCCUGCCAGACCUCGUCGUUCACGCUGUCGCCCACGGCAUCCAGAUGUUCCAGCGACCAGUUGACCUUGGCUCCUGCUGGCUUCAGCUUCCAGAGCUCAGGGUCCAUGGAUCCGUCCUUCAACACCGAUAGCUUCAUGUACCAGCCCAACUACCUCGACGCCACCUGCACCACCGUCAGCUCGGUGUGUCGCAGUCCCGUCUACACCGCCUGCACUAUGAUCAACUCCGGCUUCUAUGCGUACUCGAUCCUGCUCCAGAACGGCAACAGCAAGUUCAUCCAGCCCUUUGGCUGUCUCGAUGCCAACUGCAACCAGUGCCAGCUCGAUGCCAGCAUUCUGCCCAAUGCCUUGGCCAAGAGCCCAACCGACUGCUUCUCCGAUACAGGCUCGACCUCCUACCAGCUCUAUUUCCUUGCCAACAAGACCGCCAUCCCAACCGUCUUCCCGAACGGCAGUGCCCCGUUUGCCUCGAACCAGGUGGUCACCCGCAAGCCCUCCGCAACUGUAGCGCCAAUGGACCCAUCCGCUUCGCCCCCAGCGGGCCCUGUCAGCACAAGCAGCUCCUCCAGCAACACCGUCAUCAUCGGGGCAGUCGUUGGCGCUGUGGCUCUCUGUCUCUGUGUCGUCGGCUUUCUCACAUACCGCAGAUACAAGAACAAGCCCGUCGCUACUCCCGCCGAUCUCGAUCGCAGUCUUGCUCCAGGCGAACAGCCCUCUUCGACAUCCAACACGAACCCGUCCUCGGCCACCACGACUACCUACGUGCCUGUCCAGCGGACUCCAAACUCGUUCGUUCCCCCGAUGAGCCCAUCGGCGCCUCUGUACAAGCCCGUGUCCGCGGUCUCGCCUGAGCUGAUGCCAGCACCGUUUGUCGAUCCGAGAUCCAUGCCCAUGCCCAUGCCCAUGGCGACACCGUAUACAGCCUUUCCGGACAACACUUCGUACUAUGUCCACCCGGGCAUGCAAACGACCGCCACGUUGCCGUCGUAUGUUCCCAGCGGUAGUCCUAACGCAGCAUCGUUCACGCCUCCCACUGGCGAGAUCGGUGUCUAUUCAGCGAUUCCACCAUAUGUUCCCACGACUGCUGUCCCAUCCCACAGCGCCGAGAUGCGCUCCGCCUUUACCAACAGCAGCAGCAACACUCACAGCAGCGGCAAGGAUAGUAGCUAUCGCAACAGCAUCAUGUCUUCGCGUGCCGGCCAGAUCAUCGGUGUCUCCAUGUCCCAGGCUUCCGGGCCCGUCGCUCAUUACGUCGCCAUCCAAGACCACAACGGCGACCGUGACCAAGCCGAGCUGUCGUUCUUGGCUGGCCAGACGAUCGCAGUCUCGCAGGUUUUCCCAAACGGAUGGGCCAUGUCGCAAAACAACGCAACGCUGGCCAUUGGCUUCGCUCCUAUGGACAAGCUGCGUGUGAUUGAGCCUGCCCCCAGCAGCUUUGAGCGCACCCAGCCCCCAGCAAGCUACCCUCCCAAAUACUCCGUGUAACUCGCCCAGCACGAUCGGACGGGCGGCCAGUGCUGUUGUUGCCAAGAGUCGUAGUUCACAAUCAUGGUCCACAACCGCGGCGACGACCAUCGUCAUUAUCAUUAUCAUUAUCACUAUCAUUUCUAAAACUCUCCAAACCCGUGAAUGUGCACAUUGCUAUGAUGUCUGCCGGUGACCCUCAGACCCGUGCUGGGUUCUCAAGAGGUACCUUGAGACGCCUUCCUUCCUCUUGCGUGUUCACAGCCCCACGCCCUUUCAGCUCCUCCGUUCCUUCACUCCCUUUUCUUUCUCAUCUUGCGAUUUUGGAAACUGAGCCAGGUGGUUGAAAAUAUACAACUGUUGCUGGGCCAAAGCCGCGAUAGACCACAGGCUCCAUGAUGCGACUCGACGACAGAUGCAACUCUGGCUCGGCUUGAGCAGCAAGGGAUGGG